CGCGGCCCCUCACUCCGGUCACACUGCGGAGAUCAAUAAGUUUACUUUUCUUCUUUUUCUUGUUUUGGCUUUUCUGUUGCUCGGAUUUGCGUGCACUUCUGCUCGGGAAAUUACAUCAUUGGACUUGGACACGUCUUGCAGGACCAGGCCCCAGUCUCGGCGAAAUGACAGAGCUGCAUCUGGAGCUGGAGAGCGUCCGUUUGGCAACGUUCGGGGAAUGGCCCACAAACGCCCCUGUCACGGCCGAGGAGCUGGUGUCCAAUGGCUUCUUCGCCACGGGCAGCUGGUUGGAGGCCGAGUGCCACUUCUGUCAUGUGCGCAUCGAUCGCUGGGAGUACGGUGAUCAGGUGGCCGAGCGACAUCGUCGCUCCUCGCCCAUCUGCUCUAUGGUAUUGGCUCCGAAUCACUGCGGGAACGUGCCCAGGGAGCAGGAGAGCGAUAAGGAGGGCAACAGCGUCGUCGAUAGUCCGGCCCAGUGUGCCUGUCCAGACCUUUUGCUGGAGGCCAAUCGCCUGGAGACCUUCAAGAACUGGCCAAAUCCCAACAUCACGCCACAGGCUUUGGCCAAAGCUGGAUUUUACUACCUAAAUCGCCUGGAUCACGUCAAGUGCGUGUGGUGCAACGGUGUGAUUGCCAAAUGGGAGAAGAAUGACAACGCCUUCGACGAGCAUCGUCGCUUCUUUCCCAACUGCCCCCGGGUGCAGAUGGGUCCCCUUAUAGAGUUCGCUGCUGGCAAGAACCUCGAUGAACUGGGCAUCCAGCCCACCAGCUUGCCGCAGCGUCCCAAGUACGCCUGUGUGGACGCCCGAAUGCGCACCUUCUCCGAUUGGCCCAUUGGGAAUAUCCAGCCGGCUGAAGCCUUGGCUCAGGCUGGUCUGUAUUACCAGAAGAUCGGCGACCAGGUGCGCUGCUUUCACUGCAACAUUGGACUGCGCUCCUGGCAAAAGGAGGAUGAGCCUUGGCACGAGCACGCCAAGUGGUCGCCAAAGUGCCAGUUUGUUCUACUGGCCAAGGGUCCAGCGUAUGUGAACGAAGUGCGCGAGGCGACGGCGGCCACUGCUCGUUCUCCGCCAGCCACAGCUCCGGCUCCUUCUCUUCAAGCCGACACCCUGAUGGACGAGGCGCCGGCCAAGGAGGCCCUGGCCUUGGGAAUUGACGGAGGAGUGGUGCGCAAUGCCGUCCAGCGCAAGCUGUCCAGUUCCGGCUGUGCCUUUGCCACACUGGACGAGCUCCUGCACGCCAUCUUCGAUGAGGCGGGGGCCGAGGCCGCUCUGGAGGUGCGCGAACCCCCCGAACCCAGUGCCCCGUUCAUGGAGAGCUGUCAGGCCACCACCAGCAAGGCGGCGACAACGGUGCCAGUUUUAGUGGCCGAUGCCAUCCCGGAAGCGCCGCAGGCGGUGAUAGCUUCAGUUCCGGCCACAGAGGCCUCCAAUGUGGCCGAUCAGCUGCAGAAGAUGUCGAUGGCCCCGCCAAAUGGCAACCUGUCCCUGGAGGAGGAGAAUCGUCAGCUGAAGGAUGCCCGUCUGUGCAAGGUGUGUCUCGACGAGGAGGUGGGCGUGGUGUUCCUGCCCUGCGGGCACUUGGCCACCUGCAACCAGUGCGCUCCGAGCGUGGCCAAUUGUCCGAUGUGCCGCGCCGAUAUCAAGGGAUUCGUGCGCACCUUCCUCUCGUGAAGCAGCGAGGGAUUUGGACAUCAUGCCGACAUUAUCAGCUAGUUGUUAAGCACACUCAGACACACACAAAAACCACACUGGCUGCAGUUCAAAUAAUUUGGUGAUUAGCUAAUGGAAUACCUUUGAUCGUCUACUAAGUACUUGGCCGACGGCAGCCACCUGUUUUUAAGCUAGCUUCGGGCUGCUGGGCUGCCGGAUGUCGUUACUAACUAUCGCCGUGUGUUUAUCCGAGCGAAUCCACUUGCAAAAUAACUUUAUACGAACCGACCUGGGCCGCACAAGCGCUCUCUCUAUGGCACACAAACACACACACCUGAAAAGGGUAUCAAUGCUUCGGCACGACCGCAGAUCACUCUUCCUUACCUACGUUCUUGUUAUCGGUCUUAUUAACACGUGUAUAUGUAUGUAUUUUUGUUGAUAAUGUUUAUAAGCUGCUGAUAGUAUGGUCUACACACUCAACUUUGUAUUGCAGCCACUCGAAUGCAAAUACGAGAUACGAAAUAUAUCUAUAUGUAAAUGUUAA